AUGCUGCGGCAGCGUUGCGGGCAGCUCCUGGCCCGGCUGGAGCGAGGGCUGCAGCUCCUGGAGCUCGGCGGCAGCGUGGAGGAAGACUGCAUCCGGAUCGCUCGGUGCUUCGAGGCGACGCGCCAGAGAUGCUGCCGGCUGGAGCAGGAUGGGCGUCGUGCCCGCGAGCAGCUGGCCCGUGUGGAGGCCGAGCGGGCAGCGCUGGAGGUGAAGCUCAAGCACGCCCGAAACCAAGUGGAGGUGGAGAUGAAGAAGCGGCACCGGGCAGAGGCUGAGCUGGAGAAGCAGGAGCGAAAACUUCAGCUGGUCCUCGAGUUGCUGAUGCGGGAACCAUGGGGCAACGAGGCACUGAGCAGGGAGCAGUGCUCUGUUCUCAGUGCCCUGGCUGGCCGGCGCCUUGGGGCAGCCUUGGCACCCAGCAGGAGGUCAUCUGCAGUGGAUGAGUCGUGCCAGUCCCUCCUGUCCCACUCGGAUAUCAGCUAUGACCGCACUGAGGAUGACGUGGAUGUUGAUAUGACACUGGUGCGGACCCUGAAGCGCAAAGCUCCGGACAGGCAGCGUGUGUCCCUGGCCCCUCAGGUUGGCCCUGUGGUGAUGGCAAAGCGGCACCGUUCUUCUGUGGUACCCCAUAAUGCUGUGAGUGUCCCCUCUAUGCCGCCUCCUGCUGAGGUCCCAGGCCCUGCUGACAACCUCCUGCCUGCUGUUCUGGUGCCUCAACGCCGCUCUCGCCAGGGACAUCGUGUCUCUGCACAUGCAGAGCUGAACACAGUUUGGGGCACCAGUGAAGAUCUGGGCUGCCAUGCUGCGGGGCAGGAGAGCCACACUGAGGGCAGCUCAGUGGGACAGCCAGCACCAGCCCCCUUGCCCUCACCCCCACGGAGUCUCCCAGCAGUCCAGCACAAGUUCACCUCCAAAACGGUGAUCCGCCCUGAGCCUUGUGGUGUCUGUGGUUCCCGCAUCCGCUUUGGGAAGACUGCCAUCAAGUGCUGCCAGUGCCAGCUGCUGCUGCACACCAAGUGUCAGGAGCAGUGCCCCAGCCUCUGCACGCCCAGGCCCCACCACCAUGCCUGGCCCCGGGAGGGUGUGCUGGCUGACUUUGCGCCCUCCACGCCGCCCCUGGUGCCCACGCUGGUGGUGCAGUGUGUGACCGAGGUGGAGAAACGAGGCUUGACAGAGACAGGGCUGUACCGGGUGCCAGGCGCGGAGCAGCUGGUGCGGGAGUGGAAGCGGAAGCUGCUGCGGGCUGGGGGAGCGCUGCCUGCCCUCAGCACUGUGACUGACAUCCACGUGGUGUGCGGGGUGCUCAAGGACUUUCUGCGGGGACUCAAGGAACCACUGGUCACCUUCAGCCUCCACCCUGCCUUCCUGAAGGCUGCUGACAUCCCCGAUGAUGCUGCCAGUGACACAGCCCUGCGCCAUGUGGUAAGCAAGCUGCCCCCAGCCAACAGGGAUACCCUGGCCUUCCUCAUGUUGCACCUGCUCAGGGUGUCACACAGCCCUGACUGCAAGAUGGAUGUGCUCAACCUGUCCCGGGUGUUUGGCCCUACACUGGUGGGAUACAGCUCAGCCAACCCCACACCACUUGCCAUCAUGGAGGACACGCCUCGGCAGUGCAAGGUGGUGGCUCGUCUCCUUUCGCUGCCACCCAGCUUCUGGAGAGGCUUUGUGGAGACAGAGCAGGAGAACCUGGUGCCAAUGCCAGCCCUGGGAUGUGAACGUGCACCCUUCUUCCAGCCCAUUGGCUCUCCAGAGCCCAAGUCAGGCCAGCUGAGCCCAGCUGGCACCUGCUGCCUCCCCAGCACCCUGAGGAGCUGCGUGGGCAAGGCCAGCCGGCCCCCGCAGGGGCCAACCCCGAGGAAGGUGGGCCGGUUCUUCCCUUCUCCUGUGUAG